AACACAGAGCACUUUGGACACCAGUGAAGAGCAACAGUCCCUCCCCCCCUGACCCCACGCCCUCCGUGCCGUGCCCACUCCUCUCCCCGCAGCUUCGGGCCCCUGCCAUGCCGUCCUCGUCGUCGCUGAUCCAUGGCAUCUCCAUCUCCGUCUCCGACGACGACGAGGCCACCGGCAAGGUGCGCGUCCGCGUCCGCCGCAAGCGCUCCCGCGGCCCCGCAUCCGCUUCGGCGCGCCGCCGCCGCAUCCUCUUCCGCGCCGCGCGGCUGGGCGUGCCGCUCCUCCUCGCCGCCCUCGCCGUGUGCCUCCUCCUCUACGAGUCCUACCGCCUCACGCCUUCCCGCUCCUCCACACUGCCUCCGCCGUCCUUCGCGGACAUCAGCCGCCUCUCCCGCAACGCCCGCGCCGCCGAUGGCGCCAGGAAGUCAUGCCUGAAGUUUCUUGAUCCUGAGAAGCUUCAAAAUUUGGAACUUCCAGAAAUUCCUGAAACAAAUUUGUCGAUGAAGGAAGUUCUGUACAGAUCAAGUCUGCCCCAUAUCGUCAAUGAUACACCACCACAUACAGAGAAUUCCCGGUUCAACUUGUUCACAGGAUACCAGACACUCACUGAACGAGAAGAAAGCUUCAAGGUUAACUUUUUGAGCAUUUACAUUUCAAUGAAGAAAAGUGUGACAGUGCACUGUGGCUUUUAUAAUGAAAAUGGAGGGUUCAGAGUUUCUGAUGUUGACAGAGAAUAUAUGAGAUCCUGUGAAGUAGUUGUUGCAACUUGUGCAUUUGGUGGAGGUGACGACCUUCAUCAGCCUAUAGGGAUGACCGAAAAUUCCAUCAGAAAGGUUUGCUAUGUAGCUUUCUGGGAUGAAGUCACCCGUGCAGCUCAAGAGGAGGAAGGACACACGAUCAGUGAAGACCUCGUGAUUGGCCUAUGGCGGAUCAUUCUUGUUAGCGAUCUUCCUUUCUCAGAUCAACGGUUGAAUGGGAAAAUUCCUAAGCUGAUAAGCCAUCGCCUCUUCCCAAUGGCGCGGUACUCAAUUUGGGUGGAUUCAAAAUCUCAGUUCCGGAGAGACCCAUUGGGAGUCCUUGAAGCCCUUUUGUGGCGCUCAAACUCUUCUCUAGCGUUAUCGGAACACGGAGCUCGGAGUAGCCUGUACGAUGAGGCGAAAGCAAUUGUUAAGAAACACAAAGCAACUCCAGAGGAAGUUGAAGUGCAGUUGGAUCAGUACCGACGAGAUGGCAUCCCUGAUGAGAAAAGAUUCAAUGGAAAGAAAGCUCUCGCAGAAGCUUCAGUGAUCGUGAGGAACCACGCGCCGCUGACCAACCUCUUCAUGUGCGCCUGGUUCAACGAGGUGGUCAGGUUCACGUCCCGGGAUCAGCUGAGCUUUCCCUACGUCCUGAGGCGCCUGAGGCCGCCCGGCGUUCACCUGUUCCCGGUUUGCGCGCGCAAGGACCUGGUGAACAGCUUCGGGCACAAGCGCAAGGUGAAGCCGCUCGUCAAGGACACGACGUGAGCCCCUUGUGGAAUUGGGCCUUCGUCUGGGCUAGAGAAGGUCAACCUGCCUGAUUAGUAAUUUAGUGGUAGUAGUCUUCUUCCUUCCAUCCAGUAGUAGUUCAUAAGUAAGAAUCAAACCGUCGUGUAGGGGAGGGUCUUGAGUCUUGACGUAGUGAAAUUACAGUCGGAGACGCAGAGUAGUAGUCACCGAAGGGGUGCAACGUAGGGGUAGGAAUGAUUUAUCCCGGUAACGAAGGAUGUACUUACUAGCUGACGACAAUGGCGCUGUCGACGUUGCUGCAGGCGAAGAUGGCCUGUGCAGCUGUGGUUACCCUUCCCCGUUCCUCAUGAAAAUGAAAGAUAUCUUCUCCCAGUUUUUUU